UUUUGCUUCUUCAGAGGUGGUCAAAUUUAAUGACAAAUUUAUUUUUUACACCUGUAAUUUGUCACAUUUCUCUAUUUGCUUUAAUUUGUAAGAGUUUGUUCGUAACAAGCGACAAGCAGAUAUGAAUAUAAGAAAUUCAAAGCCAGAAGAUCUGAUGAACAUGCAGCACUGCAAUUUGCUGUGUCUGCCAGAGAAUUACCAGAUGAAAUACUAUUUCUACCAUGGACUGUCAUGGCCACAGUUAUCAUAUGUGGCUGAAGAUGAAAGCGGAAAAAUAGUUGGAUAUGUUUUAGCCAAAAUGGAAGAGGAUCCAGAAGACUCUGUACAGCAUGGCCACAUCACUUCACUGGCAGUGAAGAGGUCCUAUCGACGUCUGGGUCUAGCAAAGAAGCUCAUGGACCAGGCGUCGAGGGCAAUGGUGGAGAACUUUGAUGCUAAAUACGUAUCACUGCAUGUGCGCAAGAGCAACAGGGCUGCACUGCAUCUAUAUACUGAGACCCUAAAAUUCGAGAUCAGUGAGAUAGAGCCAAAAUACUAUGCAGACGGGGAAGAUGCUUAUGCAAUGAAGAGGAAUCUCUCAGAAUUCAGACAUGACAAGGAAAUCGAAAGCUGUGCAAUGGCGAUAGAUCAAGCCAAGAAAGCGGACAUAGCUACAGUGACAGCCAACUUUGUUAAUCUAACUGCGUCCUGAGGAGUAGGACAAACCCAGUGAUACUUAAUUUUAAAACAAUAAUCAUUGAAAAUAUGUGUAUGUUUUCAUCCACAUCAAGGAUUUAUCUAUAAGUGAAGGUGAACUAUUUUAAUUUCAGAGUGUAAUUUUGAUAGCCUGUUGCAAUUGAUGUAAUGAAUGCGUACUGAAUCAUGAUUUUGGUAGUCUGUUGAUAUCAUUAAUGCUUUCACAUAUUAUGAUCAAAUAUUAUUUUCAUUGAACUUUCUUGAACUAAAUAUUUUAAUUAUUUAACUUUUUAAUUUGCAAUUUUGAAAAUCCUGGCUUAAGAUGGCGGUUUUCUUCUUAUUGUAAAUGUAAUGUUUAACAUGUACAAUGUAUGUUGAAUUAAUUAUAAAUAUGUUUUUGUGUCUAAACAACUUUCAUAAUUGUCUUUAUGUACAUUUAUAAUAAAUUAAUUGCCAUA